AUGGAGGAGGAUCGUCUUUUUGAUGAACGGAUUUCUAUACGAGAUUCCGCUCGCCCAUUAAAAAAGUACGGAAGCACAUGCAAUCAUAUGAAAAGGGACGAGGAGUACAUAAAGCAUGUUAUGUCAAAAGGUGAUACAUUACAAGGAAUCGCUCUUAAAUAUGGCGUUACAAUGGAAAAAAUUAGACGUGCUAAUCGUCUUUUUGCGACUGACAGUCUUUUUUUGAGAGAAUAUUUACUUAUUCCGGUAACUAGAGACUCCCCGUUUUACCAAAAUGGUGAACGAGUUACGGAACCUGCAAUGCCUCUACACCGUGCGUCAAUGUUUGAUAUGUCAACCAGAAACUCCCAGGACUUUUCCCCUGGAAGUCCGGAUGAAAAGAAAAGUUUUGAUAACUUCCUUAACAGAUUGGAUUCCUCACUUGCUGACAUAAAGAAACAUGUGGAGAAAAGCAAAGAAAACAGCGAG